UUCCCAAACAGGAGAUAAGAUAUGAUCAUCCGCGGACAUGAAGUAUUCUCCCCCAUCCUGCGGGUCGGGGAACUGAUCAGCGCCGCCGUCGUGGUGGGCAUUCUCGCCGGCUACGAACACCUCGUCCAUCGUGGCGACGGGCCCCAAUCAGGCCGAAUCAUAUACUCUCUCGUGAUAGCGUGCAUUACUCUUCUCUUCUCGAUCCUCCUCCUGACGCCCUUCCACUGCACGUUCUACUUCUUCGCGCUGGACUUCAUCUUCUUCGUAUGCUGGAUGGUUGGCUUCGGGUUGAUGGCCAAUCUAACCGCCUCCGACGGAUGCGAUUCCCGCUGGAUCUGGUACAACUGGGGCUACUACUGGGGUGGAUAUUACGACACGACGCCGCUGGACGAAGUGAGUCCUGUUCUUGUCGGCACAGGGUAUUGUCCGCGAUGGCGCGCAAACCUGGCUUUUGCUUUUAUCGGUGGGAUACUGUGGUUGCUGAGUGCUAUUCUUGGCCUCUACGUGGUUCUGGAAUAUCCUCGAGGUGGUGGAGAUGGACAGGGGAGAACGAAGAGACGACUGCAGAAGGUGACUCGUUUUCAGAGAGGACGAGAACCAGUAGCGCAGCCUGAAACUGCACAGACGAAUGUUUGA